GCCGGAAGCGGCGGCCGGGCCGGGACUGGCAGGGCCUGGGCGCCGGAGACCCGGCGUGGGGCCGCACCCUGCGCGCCGCUUGCCCCCGCCCCAGAAAGGGGCGCCCAGGGGCGUCUGGAGAGGGCGCUGCGGAAGUCCGCGGGACUGGUAGCCCGGGUCUCCAGGGAACAUGGGCGUGCUCAGGGCCGGCCUUUGCCCAGGCCUUACCCAGGACAUGGUCCAGAUUCUGAGGAGCCACGGAAUCAAAACAGUGGUGGAUCUGGUUUCAGCAAACCUGGAAGAGGUAGCCCAGAAAUGUGGCUUGUCUUACAAGGCCCUGGUUGCCCUGAGGCGGGUGCUGCUGGCUCAGUUCUCCGCUUUCCCCUUCAAUGGCGCUGAUCUCUACGAGGAACUGAAGACCUCCACUGCCAUCUUGUCUACAGGCAUUGGAAGCUUAGACAAACUGCUUGAUGCUGGUCUCUAUACCGGAGAAGUGACUGAAAUCGGAGGAGUCCCAGGGAGUGGCAAAACCCAGCUAUGUCUCUGUGUGGCUGCGAAUGUGGCCUAUGGCCUGCAGCAGAACGUCCUAUACAUUGAUUCCAACGGGGGACUGACAGCUUCCCGCAUCCUCCAGCUACUUCAGGCGAGAACCCCAGAUGAGGAAGAGCAGGCAGGCGCUCUCCAGAGGAUCCAGGUGCUGCGCGCCUUUGACAUCUUCCAGAUGCUGGAUGUGCUGCAGGACCUCCGAGGGGCUGCGGCCCAGCCGGUGAGCGAUUCUUCAGGGACUGUGAAGGUGGUCAUUGUGGACUCUGUCACCGCUGUGGUCUCCCCACUUCUGGGAGGCCAACAGAGGGAAGCCUCCUGCGCUUCUCCUCCUCCAGGCUUGGCCUUGAUGAUGCAGCUGGCCCAAGAGCUGAAGACCCUGGCCCGGGACCUCGGCGUGGCAGUGGUGGUGACCAACCACAUGACCCGAGACAGGGACAGUGGGAGGCUCAAACCUGCCCUGGGCCGCUCCUGGAGCUUUGUGCCCAGCACCCGAAUUGCCCUGGCCAUCGGUGAAGGGGCAGGUGCGCCAGGCAGUCAGCGCACAGUGUGUCUGACCAAAUCUCCCCGUCUGCCAACAGGUUGCCAGGAGACGGUAGACCUUGGGACGUGGGGGACUCUGGAGCAGAGCCCAGCAUUACAGGGAGAUCAACCGUGAUGAUGCUGUUGACUGGGAAGGAGAGAGACGUCCAGGCCCCAGCUCUCCUGUGCAGGAGCACCUUCUGUCCACGGCACUUGGGCCUGCAGGGGGAGCUCUUGGGCUGGGCAGAAGAGGCAUCUCAGUUUCUUCGGCUUUUCUGCCUGUGGAAACAUAAAGAGCUUCUGGCGAGAGAGGAUGCGGUGGUGGGAGGACCCAGAAAUUCACGCUGGAGCCAAGUUUUCUUCCCUUGUUUCUACCACGUAUGCUUUUAGUGGGAGCCGAGUUCACCCUGGCUUGGGGCAUCCCUGAAGCAGCACACUAGUGACCGGAUAGACACCCUGUGCGUCACCGCCGUAUCUGCCCCCCAUCCUAACAUGGGGACUGAACCUUGAAGCUGUCUGCUUUGCGCUCUUUUUUUUUUUUUUUUUUGCCUGUGUAAAAUGGGGC